AUGCUGAUCAUUGAUUUGAUAGGUGCCGGUGUUCGUUGUCGGUGCUACGAGCUCUUCAAGAAAACCUACCCCGAUUCUUAUCAGGACAUCCUCGAUACCUACAAGGAACUCAACAUGCUGUCCGAUGCUCCUCAAACGAUUGCGCAGCGCACGCAAACAUUCCAGAAGCUCUACAGGAGGGUAGGAAGUAUUCUUGAUGGAGCUGCAGCCAGGCAAGGUUUUGAGGCCGCUCUCAUUAUGUGUGGUAAUAUCGUCAAUGAAGACUCAUCACUUGGCCAUGUUCACAUGACACCCGGUGCUGGUGGCUUCUUUGAGAAGCGCUGCCGAGCCAGUAAUGAUGCCAUCAUUGGGCAUAUGAAAGCCCAUGUAUACAACACCACCUCGCUUGCUGCUGUGGAACAGGCCUUCAAGGCCACCGAAGGCGAUCGAGAGCAGGCACCAAUAGAGGUCUUGGAUGUGAGCUCAUCUGAGGCAGCAGACCUUGGUGGCAAGUUCGCAGAUAGACCCUUCCCAUGGAUCUUGAUGGCCAGUUCACUCACAAAUGAUCAUCUACGCAUCGAGGGGUAUCCCGCGCACUUGAGUUUGAUGCCAGGAGAGUCUCACAAUACUAAUUCACGAAGUAAAGGUGUUGCAGGACUUACACAACAUGAGGUCAAUGUGCUCGCUCAUGCAUUGAAGGCGAAGACAAUGCGUGUUGUCAAAGUAACAAAUGCUACCAAAGAGCCUGUCAUCAUUGGCGAGGCACCUCCUGUAGGCUCUCCCUUUCCAAAUACGAGGCGGAUGUUUGUCAACGGAACUUUUGAUUAUAAUGGCCCUCCACGCCUUCAAUCCAGCUCUGCCGCAACCAGGAAGAAGAAGCCAAAGGUCGCCUCAUCAUCUCGCACCCAGGAUGAUGAUGGAGAUGUCGCAUCCAUGGACUCCACGACUACCAUACGUCCCAAAUCCAAUUUACGUCUCAAAGUAGUUGUACCUCCAUCACGUCCCUUCAAGCUUGUGAAGCGCCCCCCCUACCAAACCAGUGCCAACUCCAAUACAGGUCUUAUCCAGUCCAGAUGGUGUCAACGAGCCUGGUGCUGA